UAUUUUAUUUAUAUCAGCAGUACAAGAAAUAUAAAAUCCUUUUUCAGGAUGUCCAAAUUGCUAAUCCCAGUCAUCCCAGCUUUGGCUAUUAUUGAUUGCUUGAUUCAUGUGACACAGAUUUACGCUAAACCCUUCCACUUAACCAGAGAUGUCCUUAAUCAUGCGCUUGCAUCAAAAAAUAAAUCCCUUGCAAUUUUGCAGUUAAAUACUUGGGCACCAACAAGUUGCGUUCACAACCAUUUUUUGCUGGUUUGGCAAUGGAUUAGAGCAAAAAAUGCUAAUUACUCAAAUGUAUUCAUAUCACUUGCUAAAACUCAAGAAGAACCGCAGUCGAGGGAACAUCUCAUAAGCAGGUAAUCUCCAGGAAUCCCA